ACACAAUCAAAAUUCUCCAAUCUUUAUUCUAACAUUUCAACCUAAUGGCUCCAACAGUCUCUACAACCCAAUUCUCGGACCCAGCCGAAGUAACCGAGUUCGUUGUCAACCAAGGAAACGGCGUAAAGGGUUUGUCAGAAACAGGAAUAAAAGCUCUUCCAGAUCAAUACAUUCAACCAUUCGAAGAACGUCUCAUCAACAAGUUCGUCAACGAGACAGACGAAGCCAUUCCUGUCAUCGACAUGUCGAACCCCGACGAGAGCAACGUGGCUAAAGCUAUCUGUGACGCUGCUGAGAAAUGGGGUUUCUUUCAAGUGAUCAACCAUGGAGUUCCUUUGGAAGUUCUUGACAACGUGAAGGCCGCUACUCACAGAUUCUUCAAUCUUCCUGUAGAAGAGAAGAGCAAAUACACAAAGGAGAAUUCUCUGUCGACCAAUGUUAGGUUCGGUACGAGUUUCAGUCCUCGUGCAGAGAAGGCUUUGGAGUGGAAAGAUUAUCUCAGUCUCUUCUUUGUCUCUGAAACUGAAGCAUCACAGUUUUGGCCUGAUGUUUGCAAGAAUGAAGCUCUAGACUACAUGAACAAGUCCAAGACAAUGGUGAGGAAGCUUCUAGAGUAUUUGGGGAAGAACCUCAAUGUGAAAGAGCUAGACGAGACCAAAGAGUCACUCUUCAUGGGUUCGAUUCGAGUCAACCUCAACUACUAUCCCAUCUGUCCUAACCCUGACCUAACCGUUGGCGUUGGCCGCCACUCUGACAUCUCUUCCCUCACCAUUGUCUUACAAGACCAGAUCGGUGGUCUCCACGUGCGUUCUCUGGUGUCAGGGAACUGGGUUCACGUGCCACCGGUUCCCGGAUCUUUCGUGAUCAACAUCGGAGACGCCAUGCAGAUCUUGAGCAAUGGUCGUUACAAGAGCGUGGAGCAUCGUGUCUUAGCUAACGGUAGCAACAACAGAAUCUCGGUACCUAUCUUUGUGAAUCCAAAACCAGAGUCAGUGAUUGGUCCUCUUCCCGAGGUGAUAGCAAAUGGAGAGGAACCGAUCUAUAGAGACGUCGUGUACUCUGAUUACGUUAGGUACUUCUUCAAGAAGGCACAUGAUGGAAAGAAGACCGUUGAUUUUGCCAAGAUAUGAUCACAAUCAGCUCUUGAUGGAGUUUGGUUUCUUGGUUUUGUUUGUUUGUUUGUUUGUUGCUUCUUGUUUGUGUGUGAAUAAAGAAGAAAGAAGAGACAUAGUCUGAUGUCUUCUUGACACUUUAUUUGGUAUUGUAUUGUAUAACUAUCACUGAUCAAUACAAAUUACUCUUUUUGUCUACUUAAGUGUUUGGCUUUUUCAUGUAUAUAUGUAAGGGCUUAUACGUCUGCCGUGUUGAUGAACUUUGGACCUUAAAUGGACCGACGAGAAGGAUGUCCGAGACCAGAUUGGCAUCAUCUAAAAACGAUGACUUGUUCUGUAAGGAAGAUGAAUCAAAACCUCACUUGGAGAGAGUUAGUGUUUGCAUAUGGGGUUAUGAUCGGACCAUAUGAAUCAAAAACCCCAUCAGUCGUGUUCUUGAGUAAUUUUGAAUAAACAUAUAUGUAGAUUAGAAAUUAGUUCAUCUUAGAUCGUGUGUCACGUUGAGUAAUUUGUAUUAAAUACAUAUGUAGAAAAUUCUUUAAAGAU